AUGUCAGACUUUGAACCUAUUAUUAUCGGCCAGAAAGUUAGAGCGGGCGGUGGUGGCCCAAGGCAGCAGGUGGCAAGGACCCAAGCCCAGAUUAAUGCAGCUAGAAGAUCAGGUCUGGUCGUCUCAGUGGACAAGAAAUAUGGAACUAAUAACUCCAAGAACGACAAUGAAGGCCAGAGAUUGACAAUGGUGGACCGUGAAACUGAUAUCGUUAAGCCUAAGAAACUUGAUAUGUCUGUCGGUAAAACAAUUUCAAAAGCCCGUACCGAGAAGGGUCUCACUCAGAAAGACUUGGCAACAAAAAUUAACGAAAAGCCAACUGUUAUUAACGACUACGAGGCCGGUAGAGCCAUUCCUAACCAGCAAAUUUUAGGUAAGAUGGAACGUGCAUUGGGUGUGAAAUUAAGAGGUAAAGGCAUUGGUCAGCCAUUGGGAGGUCCCAAAAAAUGA